AUGUCCAUCACAAAUGAGAGUGCAAUAACAGAAUUCAUUCUUCUGGGGCUUACAGAUAACCCCGAACUCCAGCCUCUCCUCUUUGUGCUGUUUCUGGGUGUGUACCUCACCACCCUCUUAGGCAACCUGGGCCUGAUAUUAUUGAUCAGGCUGGACUCUCACCUUCACACGCCCAUGUACUUCUUCCUCACUAAUUUGGCCUUUAUAGACUUGUGCUACACCUCAAAUGCCACCCCACAGAUGUUGAGUAAUUUCUUGUCAGAGAAGAAGACCAUCACCUUUGCUGGCUGCUUUACACAGUGUUACAUUUUCAUCGCACUUCUCCUCACUGAGUUUUACAUGCUGGCAGCAAUGGCCUAUGACCGCUAUGUGGCCAUAUGUAACCCUUUGCACUAUAGUAUGAAAAUGUCCAGGCGUGUCUGCAUCUGCUUGGCCACAUUUCCUUAUGUCUACGGCUUCUCAGAUGGGCUUUUGCAGGCCAUCCUGACCUUCCGCUUGAGCUUCUGUAGAUCCAAUGUCAUCAACCACUUCUACUGUGCUGACCCACCACUCAUUAAGCUUUCUUGCACCGAUACUUAUGUCAAAGAGCAUGCCAUGCUCAUAUCAGCUGGCUUCAACCUCUCCAACUCCCUCAGCAUCAUCCUGGUGUCCUACGCCUUCAUUAUUGCUGCCAUCCUCCGGAUCAAAUCAGCAGAGGGAAGGCACAAGGCAUUCUCCACCUGUGGUUCCCACAUGAUGGCUGUGACCCUGUUUUAUGGGACACUCUUCUGCAUGUAUGUAAGACCACCUACAGACAAGACUGUCGAGGAAUCCAAAAUCAUAGCUGUCUUCUACACCUUUGUAAGUCCGCUGCUUAAUCCACUGAUAUACAGUCUACGGAACAAAGGUGUAAAGCAAGCCUUGAAGAAUGUCCUCAGAAGAAAUAUGGUCACUAAGAUGGAACUGCCUCCAAUUUCCAGUAAAUCAUAA